GGCCCAUUUGCUUUUAUUGCCGACAUGUAAGAAAGAGCGAGGAAUCCGCACGCGAGGAAAGUGCAAGUAGAACGAAGCCGGUCGUUUUAGAAUCUAUCUUAUUGCUUUAUUCCCAAGGAUAACUACUCCGCGCAGUCAUUUAAACUUAGCAAAUCCACGUGUUUCGCUCGCCCAUACACUCUUGUGAAUAAUUGACGUAAGUGAAUGACAGACAGAGUGAAGUGAAUGUUUGAAGAGAAGAGUGAACGUGUGGAGAGAUAAUUCGAGCCAAAGAGACAGAAGUCGUUUGGGCACGUAUUGUCUAAGCUGUUACUCUCGUCACGCAUGAAGACCGAAGAUUCCCUCGUGAAGGACAUGAAUGUCAGAGAGGGGAAACGGACCAAGUACCAUUUCGUAAAAGGCGUCGUUCCUCAUAUAUAUAGCGUAUGCACGAACGAUCGUACGCAUAACGGUUGAUGCGGCUGGAAAGUACGAAUGUGGAACAAGUAAGAGCGGUGCCUAACGGUGAUCGGUUUGGUCGAGGAGGAGGCUUCUUGUAGUCGUAGCAGCUUGAUCUUGUGGCUGGCGCUUCGAUCCGGAAUAUUCGUGUCGCGACAAGUUGAAUCUAUGAUUGUUAAUUGACGACUUCUCACGUGAAAAUGUUACUCGAAGCAAUAAUAGUCUGUGUCUCUAUUGUUGUCGGCGCCAUCGCCUAUUCAAAGUGUUUGCUCUGCCAUAUAAAAUAUUUUUAUCUUGGAGCGGCAUAUCACUUUCACGAUGUAUUCAACGCCAGAUACAAUAAGAUAGAUUUAUCGUCAAAACCGGACAAAGUUGCAAUCGUAACUGGUGGUUCUAGAGGUAUAGGAGCAGAAGUCGUUAAGAAAUUAUUACAGUGUGACAUGGAAGUUAUAAUCGCUUGUAGGACAAUUAGCGCAGGUGAAAAGCUCAUCCUCGAAAUUAGAAAGUCUGGUAUUACCAGCGGACGGGCAAAGGUUUAUAAGCUCGACAAUUCCUCUCUCGAAUCGGUCAGAGGAUUCGCUAAGCAAAUAAAAGCGGACUAUGAUCAAAUUCAUAUAUUAAUCAACAAUGCCGGUAUUAUGUUUCCUCGCGCCUAUAAAAAUACGGAAGACGGAUACGAAGAACAAUGGGCGGUGAACUACUUAUCACAUUUUUUACUAACGUCGCUUCUUUUACCGUUAUUGAAUGCCGGUGGGCGUCCUGGCGAAUGCAGCAGGAUCGUUAACGUCACUUCAUGCGCUCAUGAUCUUGGCACCAUAGAUUUUGAUUACAUCAUUAAUUGUUCCAAGGAAACAUUUUGCACGCAUGCAUCGUAUGGACAAAGUAAAUUGGCACAGACGACGUCCACGAUAAUAUUGCAGAGACUCUUAAAAGACAAAUCAUUGAAUGUAUUAGUAUAUUCCGUGCAUCCUGGUGUAGUGAGAACAGAUCUAUUCAACGAAUACGCCUUAUUAGGCAAUAACAAAUGGCUUAUGACUAUGUGGAAGACACCUGAUCGAGGAGCUACUCCAAUAAUAUAUGCCGCAAUGAGCAAAGAUGUUGAAAGAAAAGGUGGGAUAUAUAUCAGUAAUUGCAAAGAGUUGGCUGUUCCUCCGUUAGCACUCAAGGAGGAAAUCCAAGAACGAUUGUUAGAAUUAUCUUUAAAACAAGCACAUUUAAAAGAUUUGUUCCAAUAUUUGUAAAGAAGUUACACGGUAUUGAUAUAUUAUAUCUUGAUAAAUGACUCAUUUGUUGUUGCAUGUAUCAUGCAUACAUAUUUUAAUAAACAUGUUAACAUAUAUUAAAAA